ACGAUUUGCAGCCUCCGGGACUGGCAUCAGACGAGCUCCAGGGCAAGCGUCAUCAACGAGAAUCAGAGCCGUCGGCACCGAGGAGCCAGAACAAGGCGAGACAGAAAGGAAAAAAACAAGAAAAAGCACCGGAACACGCAUCGGACGAGAUCGCUGCCGUCGCAAGCUGGUUUGGUCUAGCCCAGACGGAUAGGUGGCGCCGCGGAAGGCGACAAGUCCUGCUUCGUACAGCAAACAAACUGCAGCCAGACGCACACCGGUCCAUCGACGAAUCAUCAACGACGACGCCCAGCCAGGAACUGCGAGACCCGCUUCAGCCUCGACUCAUCAGACGCAAGAACGCGAAAACGUCAUAAUGGCGGGUAAGAAGGGCGUGGACAACAGCAAGAAGGCGGCGGGCAACGCGCGCAAGGCAGAAAGCGCCGCAAAGAAGAGCGCAGCUGCAGACGCCGCGCGCGAGACGGCCGAGAGCGAGAAGUGGCAACAGGGAAGCAAGAAUACAUCGAAAAAGGAAGCAGAGGCCGCCAAGAAGGCCGAGGCCGCGGCGAAGAAAGCUGAGAAGGAGGCAUUGAUGAAGGAGGAAGAGGCUAGCCUAAGUGCCCGUGCAGAGCCUAAGAAGUCCAAAACAGCAGUCAAGAAGUCUCGGGGGCUGGACCUGUCGCAGCUGGAGGGCGACAAGCUGGGCGCCAUCAGUGCCUCGGGCAUCGACAAUGCUCUGGAUGCCCUUUCCCUGACGGCUGGUGGCGAUGAUUCCAAGAUCGACCAACACCCGGAGAGGCGAUUCGCUGCUGCAUACCACCGAUACGAGGAACGGAGGCUUGCCGAGAUGAAGGCCGACGGCAGCGGCACGGGGCUUCGACUGGAGCAGCGCAAGCAGAGGAUCAGGAAGGAAUUUGACAAGAGCCCCGAAAAUCCCUUUAACCAGGUCACUGCCUCAUACAACGCAUCUCGGGACGAGAUUAAGGACAUCAAAUCUCAGGAGCUAAACAAGAUUGAGAAGAGACUGGGACACUAG